AUGUAUCUGGAUGAUGGCUUUGGAGUUUCCUCAUCUUCAGACAGUGCCUGUACUCUGUCAAACUCCCUAAGGAAYGAUAUACUUYGAUGUGGUCUGAUAAUUAAUGAAGAGAAAAGUGACUUAGUCCCUCACCAGUGUGGGGAAUAUCUGGGAUACGUUAUUGAUUUGCGUAAUGGGUUAUUUCAAGUACCUCAUCACAAGGUUGACAACCUUAUGUCCAUGCUAAAUGAACUCCUAAUAYUYAAAGAGGUCASAGCYCGUAAAGUUGCACGUGUCUCAGGYACAAUCAUUUCCAUGGGUCUUGCAUUAGGGCCUGUUGCCCGCUUGUUUACAAGGAACUUGUACUCACUACAGAACAGUGUUUACUCAAUGAGCUCGAGGGUCUCUCUUCUGCCUAGUGCCCUACAAGAAGUGCACUUCUGGAUUGACAAUUUUAAUUCUUUAGCUGGCCAGCCAAUCUGGCAUCUCUCCCCAAAAAUUGACGUCAUCUCCUAUUCGGAUGCAAGCAGCACUGGAUGGGGCGGCUAUGUUGUGCAGCUUGGUGAUGUCUUUGCCCAUGGCGACUGGGACAAGUGUGAUCGUCUCCAGAGCUCUACUUUCAGGGAAUUGAAAGCAGUGCGUUUAGUGUUGGAGUCAUUUGCCGCAAGUCUUACAAACAAAGAAUGCAAGCAUAGAUCGGACAACCAGUCUACAGUGUCUAUCUUGUCAGUUGGUAGCAACAAAAGUCAUUUGCAGGASGAAGCUACAAAAAUUUAUUCCCUCUGUCGUCAUCACGGCAUCAGAUUGUUYCCAGAGUGRAUCCCCAGGAAUCUUAACAAUAGAGCAGACUACUGGUCCAAAGUUAUUGAUACUGAUGAUUGGAUGCUGAACCCGGCUCAUUUCUCGGAGCUAGAUGAGUUAUGGGGCCCGCACACUGUGGACUGUUUCGCCAGCUAUAAUACUAAACARAUAUCUAAGUUCUAUUCCCGUUGGUCCUGCCCGGGUUGUGCUGGAAUAGAUGCAUUCACCCUGGACUGGAGCUGUGAMAAUAACUGGCUUGUUCCUCCAACCCACCUUAUAGCCAGAGUCCUUAGGCAUAUGACAUAUGGUGGYGAGAUUGGUACUCUGGUYGUCCMUUUUUGGCCUUCUGCCCCAUGGUGGUCUCUUAUUCUAAGUGACAGYGGUAGUAUGCAGGACUUUGUAUUAGACUAUCGYGAUAUCCCGCUUCAUCCAAGCACCUUUCUUCCUGGCUCUGCCGAUAGUGACUUAUUUGGCAAUGGUACUCCAAACUGCAGAAUUUUGGCACUCAGAAUUGACUGCCGCACAUAUGGUCAAUUAUGA